CAUCAUGACCUGAGCCCAAAUCAAGAGUCCGGCGCCCAACGGACUGAGCCACCCGGGCGCCCCUCCCCUCUUUUUCUCUCUUCUCUUUCACCAGCUUUCACGCACUGAUAAUUCAUCUGCUGGAUUCUCUGCCCAUUCUUUUUAAAAGUUUUGUCCCUUUGGGUUUUUUCCUGCCUUUUGGUCUUAAGAUUCCUUCUGCUUCAUCUUCUGAUUUCCCACGGACACGCCAUUUACGGCAAGGUUUGCGUUUCUGAGACCUUGUUCCCUCGCUCAGGUGUGAGUGUCCUGGCUCUCUGAGAAUCUCGAUUAGAGUAGUUUUGAAAUUGCCUUCUGCUUCCUACAUUGUAUCUGCUUCCUCCGAGCUCCUCUCCCUUUGUUUUCCCCUCGCGGGAGCUUCCUCAAUUCCUGGUACACGGCCGUCCGUCCGUGCUUAGGGCAAGGCACUCACAGACUCGCGGAGGCGCCGGGCCGUGGGCCAGGCUGUGGGCCGACGUGUAGACAGGCCGCCUCACCGCGGGGUCAUCGGCGUCCCCCUGGACUCUUGCUGGGGCACCCGAGAGGGCAGCUGUUCGCACGUGUUCUGUCGCGUGCCGUUCAGUUACUCCACGGGAGGACUUUCCGGGCCCCUGCCCAGUGCAGGUAUUCAGAGAGCAAGUUAGGGGGAGGACACCUCGCUGAGGAGGGACGACCACGAAAACACAGGGCUUGGCUGAAAGGGAGGAAAGCAAGCAGAGGAAAGCGAAGCGUCGCUUCCUAAGACUCUCGCCUCUCGUUUGUGGCUGUAAAACGAAGUGACUGCCGCCCAAGUGGGUCAUUCCCGAACUGAUCGGCCACACCGUCGUCACCGUGUUAAUGCUCAUCUCAUUGCACUGGUUCAUCUUCCUUCUCAACCUGCCCGUUGCCACUUGGAAUAUAUAUCGGUUCAUUAUGGUGCCGAGUGGUAACAUGGGAGUGUUCGACCCGACAGAGAUCCACAAUCGGGGUCAGCUGAAGUCGCACAUGAAGGAAGCCAUGAUCAAGCUUGGUUUCCACUUGCUCUGUUUCUUCAUGUAUCUUUACAGUAUGAUCUUGGCUCUGAUAAACGACUGAGGCUGCGGGCGCCGCGUCCGGAGCCGGCCCACACCACCGUGCGUCGUCGGGGAGCCAGAGACCACGUGGAUCAUCCUGAGAACCGUGACCAUAGCAGUAUAUUUUUUCCUCUUUGAACAAAAUAAAAUAUUUUUGCUGUAUUUUUACCAUAUAAAGUAUUUAAAAAACA